AUGAGGAGCGACGACCAAGGAAGUCGUGAAACUGACCAUGAUUGUCAGGCAGCAACUAAAUUAGACUGCAUUGUCAACAAUAUCAAGCAGUCAUUUGCCCUGAUUGCCUCAUUGGGAGCUGAGAUUCCAAAAUCCAAAUUGAAACGUGAUAGAAUCGUCGACAGUGCAAAAAGAUCUGUAGGGUCUAGAGAAGAAGUUUACAAAAAUCUCUUAAACGUUCAUAUUCCUAUGAGUAAUGUCGCAGAUGGGGACGAGGAGGGAGAGCAGUCAAUCAUAGAAAUUUUGUUCGAUGAACUUGUUGGGAUGAGUUACACUCCCGAUCGUCCACUACUCAGUGGUGAGGAUUCAGACGAUAACAGUGUCGCUAUAGAAUGGACCACAGCUUCUUCUUCAGAGCCAUGGGAUCACGAAGAAGAUCCAAAAGUUCAGUUAGCGAAUCUCCAAUUGAGACAACAAGAGCUGAAUGAACUACUCAUUUCCGAGAGAAAUAACUAUGAAGAAAAGUUGAUAUCUUUAACAUCCGCGGUAGAGGAGAACAUCGAAAGGAAUAAUGCUUUGCAACUCUCGCUGGCUAACAUGAGUAAAAAAUGUACAGAAACAGAGGAAGAAUUUCAUCGAUUGCAGGGUAUGUACAAUGACGUUGUUAAUGAACUUGGAAUGGAGAAGUCAGAGCAUGCAAAACAUUCCAAUCUUCUGCGCAGCUUUGAGCUGGAAAUCAGUCAAGUCAAAGAGUCUGCUCGUAUUAUCGAAGAAGAACGAUCUCGAAUGAGGCUGGAAAAUGCAGAACUUGUUGAGAAAAUCCGAAGUGUGGAAGUUCUGCAAGCUAGCGAGAAGCAGCAUAGUGAGGAACUUACACAGCGAUAUGAUUCGCUAGAAGCCUCGCUUUUGAGAGAGCGAGGACAUUUCAUGCAGCAGCUUGACGUUCUCCAGAAAAGUUUGGAGGAAAAUGGUGAAGACAGCGAUUUUGAUACAUUGGCUUCCAAUGGAAAUCUCGUAAAGAGUAGCGAAGAUUGCGAAGAUCACGAGCUGAGAGUAAACAAAAUGGAGGAGCAGUUUUCGUUAUUGAAAGGAAAAUUAAGAGUUCUAAGGCUGCAGAAGGAAGAGAAAUGUGAUAAGUUGGCUCAGCUUACGUUAGAAUUAUCUACUACAAAUGAAGAUCUCAGCUCCACGAAAGAGGAGCUCAAACAAGCUGCUACACAAAUUGUUGAGUUGCAGACUUCAUAUAAGGAGGCUCGGAUGGAGAUAAAAUCGUCAAAAGAGAAGAACUCUCUUCUCGCGAAUAGGAUAUGUGAAUACGAGCAGAUGAUCAGGUCUACUGAAGAAGAUCUUGAAAGAACACGCAUGGCUUAUGCUGACCAGAAGAAAGAGAACGACGAUCAAAGGUUGCAAUUGGAUCUCGUAAAAAGGGAGUUGGACGAGCUUCAGAUGACCGCUAGCGAGGCCACCAUUCUGCGAGAAAGGCUGGCCGCAGUUGAAUCAGAGUUGGCUGAAUCUUCACAAUUGAACCAUCAUUUACGUUCACAAUUAGAUAGCAGAGUUUCUGAGCUCAACGAGGAGUUGUUGUCAAAAGGGCAGCAAAUUUCUGAAUUGGAGAAAACUAUUCACGUCAUGGAGGAGAACUCAGCAGAAACUCGAGCACAUUCAGCAACGGAAGUAGCUAAUCUCAGAAAAGAGCUGGCUGAAGCAAACACACUUGUUGAGAAAUUUUCAAGCGAGUUGGAAGUGAAUUCUCGUGUGGCUGCCGAGGAAGCUCGUGAACAGGAGAUGACAGCAGUGAAAAACGCUGAGGCCAACCUGAAGUUGGUGAUGGAAGAACGCGACAAUGUGAUCAGUGAAUUGAAGAACACAAAAGAACAGCUGCAUGAGCUCGAACACGACUUAUCAGAUGCUCUCGAACGUUGCGAAGUUCUAACCGAGGAAUUCAACUCAGAGAGGAAGAAGCUUCAGUGUGAAUUGGAGACUGCUAGAAAUGCCGAAGAAAGUCUGGUUAAAGAACUAUGGAAGGCUGAGGAAGAAAGCGCUGCUCAACAUGCCAUUCAAGAACAAAUGCAAGAAAGGAUAUCAAGCAUGCUCGAUGAGUCAGAAGCUCUGUCCUUGAAAAUGGUCGAGGCAGCGGCUCAGAAUGAGGAAUUACUAAAAGAAAAGGAAUCGGCUCUCAAAGAGAAUAUGUUGUUGCGGAAAGAAAUGCAGUCAGUCAGGGACAGUUUAGUAGCUGCCUGCGAUCACCGAGAUGAGCUUCUAAUGAAGUUAUCAAAUAUGGAUGCAAUAAAUAAGAUACAAGAGAACCAGUCGCUCUCAUCGGUUCCCAUAGCGGAACAUUGUGCCAGUUCUGGACUCGUUGCAGCAACCUAUAAGAACGAAAGUUUUAGUGGGAGCGUUGUUCCUAAAGGGCGGAUAAUUUGUAAUGAUGAGGAUGUCGGUCUGCAAGAACGAACGAAAAUAUUGGAAGAGGAAUUGAAGUUCGUCAGAGCAGAAGAGAAAAAACUACGCGAGCAAGUUGGGUCCCUCACGGAAGCUGUUAGCGCUCGCGACUCGUCACUUGCAAGAUAUGAGGUGGAGCUCGUCAAUCUCCAAGUGCAGUUGAGGGAGCGAAGAGAACGUGAUACUGUGACACAUCUACAGUCGUCAGUAGAACUCAAGAGAAGUGAGGAGACCAUAAAUCAUUUACGCGACGACAAUGUUCGUCUUGAGCGCGAACUUUUCUUAUCACACGAGCAGCUUGAAUGUGCAAAAAGCGAAAUAAUCGUACUGCAGCAGUCGCUUGAACGCAGUGAAGCAAUCGCUCUGACCUCGCGAAAUGAUAAUCAAAAGUUGGUGGAGCAAUUGGAUCGUGCUUUAUUCGAAAAAGAACAAACGUUAAUAAUGGCAGGCGAAGGACAAGAGGCAGCGGCUAAAGUCAUCGCUCUAGAAAGGAACAUAGCAACGCUAAAAUCGGAGUAUGAUGAGAAAUUGAAACAAGCUUUGGAAGAUCUCGAUUCGAGUGAGCAGCAACUUCGACAUCUGAAGGAUGCCGCUGAGCAGGCUUAUUUACAACGAGAUGAAUCUUUAAGAAAGAUGGAGUCGUGGCGGAAGCGAUUCGAACUUGCUGCCCAAGAAAUAGAGAGUCUCAUCCGUUCUAAUGAAGAAGUCCGCCACUUGGAAGCUGCUCUCGAGAAGAGUCGUGUUGAAAAGUCUACGCUCUAUGAGGAGUUGUCGUCGCAGCGAUCAGUGCUCGACCGUGUUUUGGCAGAAAAAGAUGCACUUCUCGCUCAACUGACAGCUCUGAACGGGCAACUCGAUGAAAGAACAAAUCGGCUGCGACAGGCGGGUGAAGCUAAGAUGGACACAACCCUCAGAAUAGUCGAGUUAGAAUCACAAAUUGCUGCUCUUUUACGAGAGAAAGAUGCAGUGGUUGGGCAAGAGCCUGGAAAAUCAUCGAACAGUGGAGUAAAUACGGAUCAAUCUCUUCUGCAAGUGAAUUCAACGCAACAUGUUGCAGUGCAAAUAGAAAAUGAGGCAGAGCUAGCCGAGAUUGAACGCCUUCGCUCUGAUUUAAGAAGGGCGGAACAAAGAAUAAUAGAGUUGGAGGAAUUCGAGAGGAACGUGGGCGAUAAUCACAGACCUCCUCUCGAAGCAUCGCAUUCGUCAGAAUAUGUGAACAUCUCAGAGUGGCCCCAUCACUUCGUUUCGGCGUCCACCCCACUGCCGUCGUUGAUAACUCUUCUGUCGCGUCGCCUGAGCGCAUUACGGCAUCAUCCAACUCGUGCCAUAAUGCCUUAUUUCCGCUAUGCAAUGACUGUUUAUGCCGUCGUUCUUCACUUCAUGCUUAUUCACUGCUGGUUCUUUGCUGGUUGUCCAUAA